AUGCUGCUGGCACGCAGGAGCGACAGGUACCCACUUCUCCGUCGCCGCUCGACGUGGCACGCGAAGAUCAUCAAAGAGAAAAAGAAAAUCUCGCUUGACGAGUUUGAGCGUCUUCAGCACCAGCUGCACGAAAUGGUCGGGACAACGCCUCACGAACAGUUGACGCAAGCAUAUUUGUUAAUGGAUCUCGGGCUCCUGGUGACGCCAAGCUGUCCUGGCGUGAAGUCGGAGCUAAGUUUUGUGCCUGGUUCUAUUGCUGCGCAGAACCGUGGUCGUUCGGCCGCUCGAAGUGAGCAGAAACGUGAAUCGGGAGAUGAGGUGAAGAGUGAUAUGCCGUCCGGUAAGCGUCCAAGAACGCACGAGACUGAACCAGUGAGACGCCCUGGCGCUACUCAGCGCGGACUCCUGACGCGUGAGGAACGCCGGUUGCGUAAGCCACGUUCGUCUCCGCUGUUGCCUAGGCGCGAUGCUGCUACAAGCAAGAUGUGUUCUGAUGCGCUUGCGAGAAGCAUUAUAUUGGUGCUAAACAAGGUGCAGAGCCCGCCGGCGGAAGAAGACACUCAAGCCGACACCUUCGACGACCGUGUCGGGGACUUCGAGAAGUGCGACUGCUGCGUCAACUGA